GAUUGGCAAACAUUGUGUUCCUACGUUUCCACACAAAUGUGAUGUUUGUGUACCUUGCGCGUAGCUUCUUGGCACGUACGCUGAUGUUAUGGUGGGUUUGGUGGUGGGGAAGUGCGUUGGCAAGCUACGCGGUGUGCUGUCGGGUUGUUGUGCAGUGGAGAGGUGCUUGAGCGUCAUGCAGGCCGGCUCCACCAUGCUCAAGCUCCGGCCCGGCUCGCGUGCCGUGGCCUGGCACAGCCUGGCCUGGCACCCCGUGCCACGCGUCUUCUACCUCGACCAGAGCCGGCGACGCAUCUGCUGGCGCCCCUCGCGCAAGCGCCACAAGGCCGCCAUUUGCAUCGACGCCGUACGGGAGGUGCGGCAGGGCUGGCCCGUCGGAGCGGCGUCCGGAGACUUUCAUCCAGAAGUGUCGACGUUCGCUCCCUACGACUUCUGCGGAGGCCGUGGUGCCGGGGUGGACGCCGCACUCGGCCCGGGGGAGGCCACGGCGGGCGGCCGUGGCACUUUCGGGCAGCCCGACUCGACGUGCGUGCUCAGCGUUUUCUACGGAGCCGUCGACGGACCGCUGGUUCUGAUGACCGCUUGCCGAGAGCAGGCCUUGGCCUGGCGUGUGGGCCUCACCAUGAUCAUGGCCGGGAUGAAUGUGGGCUCGCCCAGCAGUGGGCCCACGUUUCACUGCCAUGAACAGCUCCUGGUGCGCACGUUUGCCGCGGCCGACAGGAACGGCGACGGGCGCCUUGCGCUGGACGAGGUCCGCGCUCUGCUGAGCAGCCUGAAUCUGCGGCUGUCGCGGCAGCGCCUGCACGACCUCAUCCAGGCAACGGAUGUGGACAACGAUCGAGGGUUUUUAUCGUUUGAGGAAUUCUCGUCGUUCUACGCUCUGAUGUCGUCACGUCGCGACCUCCUCAUGCUGAUGAACAGACACGUUCACAAGACGCAGCCGUGGCAAUCGGACGCCAGUGGACAUUUUGAUCGUAAACCAUUGUGGAACGUCGGUGAUUUGGCCAGAUUCAUGACGGAAGAACAAAAGGUUCCCGGUGUGACGAGGGCGAUGUGCUUGGAGAUCAUCGACAGCGUGGAGCCAGAUGCGGAAAACAGACGGCACGGCUGCCUGAGCUUAGAAGGGUUGACCGCGUACCUGUGCGGCCCCGCAGGUGACGCGGUGGACCCGGCCCACAGCUCCGUGCACCAGGACAUGGGCCUGCCGCUGACGCGCUACUGCAUCGCCUCCUCGCACAACACCUACCUGACGGGCGACCAGGUGACGUCGCGGGCGUGCGCCGACUCGUACGCGAGCGCGCUGCGCGCCGGCUGCCGCUGUGUGGAAGUCGACAGCUGGGACGGCCCGGACGGCGAGCCGAUGGUCACGCACGGGCGCACGCUCACGACGCGCAUCCCCUUCCAGGACGUCCUGCGGUGUAUCGGCGCCCACUCCUUCACCCACAACCCAUAUCCGGUCAUCGUCUCCCUGGAGAAUCACUGCAGUUUGGCUCAACAAGACAAAAUGGCCCAUUACUUGCAAAGCAUUCUGGGAGACCUGCUUCUGCUGCCCUCUGACCUUCCAACAGCUGAUGAUGCACAGUGGCCCUCGCCACAGAGCCUCAUGGGAAAGAUUUUGCUGAAGGGUAAAAAGAUCUCGGUGACAACGCAGGGCGUGGACGGCGUGGAAGACGCUGAGUUGGAGAGCGAGACGAGCGUGAACCGUGCCCAGGGAGGCGGUGCGGCUGGCGUGUGCCCCUGUGCCGAGGAGGUGGCGGCGCACGGAGAGGGGCGUGCCACGGUGCGCCGCAGCCGCUCUCUCCUCGGUCUCCUGCCGCGGCGCAAGGCGCAGAACUGCCGCGAGAAGGCAAUCGGCAGCAGCUGUGGCGACAAACUCCCGGGUUCUACCAAGCGCCCCGUGGCCUACACCGUCAGCUCCCCGUGCCAGGGGCGGGAGCCACGAGGCGAGGCGAGCCCGCGCGCGGGGCCUCCCGUCCCGCGGACCCGCCCGCCGUGCCUGUCGCGCGCCCUCUCCGAGCUCACGGCGUGCUCGCGGGCUCGAGGAGCCAUCGACGUCGGCUCGCACGGGCCACCUCCCCGGUGGAGCGUGACGUCGUUUGCGGAGCGGCAGGCCUCCGCGCUGGCGUCGGAACGCGCGCAGGAGCUGGCGGCGUUCGCGAGCGCUCGCCUGGCCCGCGUCUACCCCUCGGCCCACCGCGUGUCCUCCAGCAACUACGGCCCCGAGCCGUUCUGGAAUGCGGGCACUCAGAUGGUCUCUCUCAACUACCAGACGGAGGGGCGGCCCAUGCAGCUCAAUCGAGCAAAAUUUGCAGCCAAUGGGAACUGUGGAUACGUCCUGAAGCCGGCUGAGAUGUGCACGGGCCACUUCAACCCUCUGAGCGACGAUCCCUCCCGGGGCCGGGCUCGCACGUACAUCACGGUGCGCGUCAUCAGCGGACAGCGGCUGCCCAAGCCCGCCGUCUCGCGGCUGCCCUCUAGAGACGAGAUCAUCGACCCCUACGUGGAGGUGGAGGUGGUGGGGCUGCCGGUCGACUCCGCGGUGCGGCGCACCAGGGUGGUGGACGAUAAUGGGUUUCAGCCACUGUGGGACGAGACGCUGGUGUUUAUCAUCCACAUGCCGGAGCUGGCCAUGGUGCGAUUCGUGGUUUGGGACGACGACCCCAUUGGGAGAAACUUCAUCGGACAGAAGACGAUCGCCCUGUCCAGCAUCCUGCCUGGUUACCGCCACGUGCGCUUGGAAGGCCUGAGCGAGGCGUCCAUCUUUGUUUACGUCACCGUUGAGCAGAUCCACGGCAAGGCGAGGCAGGCGUCCAACCUGAUGCGAGCUCUGGGUUGCAAAUCGAGGGAAUGCAGUGUGGGGGAUGCACCUCGUCGGAGGCACGGCAUGAGAGCCACCCCCAGGACCUCUCUUCCAUGAAUCGUCCACCCUGGACCUCUCUUCCAUGAAUCGUCUACCCUGGACCUCUCUUCCAUGAAUCGUCUACCCUGGACCUCUCUUCCAUGAAUCGUCUACCCUGGACCUCUCUUCCAUGAAUCGUCUACCCUGGACCUCUCUUCCAUGAAUCGUCUACCCUGGACCUCUCUUCCAUGAAUCGUCUACCCUGGACCUCUCUUCCAUGAAUCGUCUACCCUGGACCUCUCUUCCAUGAAUCGUCCACCCUGGACCUCUCUUCCAUGAAUCGUCUACCCUGGACCUCUCUUCCAUGAAUCGUCUACCCUGGACCUCUCUUCCAUGAAUCGUCUACCCUGGACCUCUCUUCCAUGAAUCGUCUACCCUGGACCUCAACCGAUCGCCCCUUGAGUGUGAACACACUUCGAUCCGGCUCUCAGCCCUGAUCCAAGACAGAUUUUAUCUCAAUACGGAACCCAAGAGCAUUGUAUUCCAUCAGAUGUAAGGGCAAUGCAUUCUUCCAAUUCCUCUCUUAUCUUCAAGUUUUUCACGAGCACUAAUCAGCUGCUUCAAUGAAGGGAAUGUGCAAAUGGAGCUUUGAACACAAAACACCUUACCCGUGAUUAAAUGUCCUAGCAUUUACCCGCGAGGCAUUGUUGUGGUGUCACUGUGUACGCAAUGGGUAGUAGGGUUUAUGGGAAGUGUUUUUUUUUAUUUAAAUUAGGGUUG